UCAGCUGAUUGCUCUCGUCUAGGCAGCAGCAGAACGAACAGCUGAUUCUGCCAGCUCAUAUCUUCUCUGUUAAAGCUGUUGUAUAUAUGUUCUGUUCGUGAACCGAUUGAGCCAGAGCGAAUAUAACUUGAAUGACUGCUUUGUACAGCUUGAAACUGAAUUCUCGUGACCGAGCUCUCGCGAAGUCAAGUCAGACGACCAAAGCAACCGCCUCGAUAGACACAAUGCAGUCCACUGCCGAUAGAGUUUCGAGGCUCGACAGCGUUGAGAUGGAGACCCAGCAGCAAGUUGGUAUCACCUACGCUUUGCAUCGAUUGCUUGAUAAAUUGGCUGAUAUUUUACUUGGUAAACGGAAAGUUACCCCAACUAGCUCUGUGAUUGAGACUGCCAAGACUAGGGAGUGGACGCAGAAUUCAGUGUCUGUAAACGAGAAUAGUUACGGUACAUUCGAAGACCCAGAUGAAAAGGAAACGUGUGAAAGUCUAUCAAAGCGUAUAUUUGAAACUCUUAGGACUGCGAAAGAAGUUAAACUAGACUGCGAAAUGUACAUACCAUGCAAUCUAACUUUAAGGAUUGCGCAAGACAUUAUGCGAAUGUCAGAAUGUGAACCGUGUGGUAUUAGAGGCUGUACAACAUUCAUUACGAUGGAGGACGGGAGACAUAUUCGAAAGCUCGGUAAAAUUGCUGUGGAUCCUGACACUGUGGCAACGUUUGAAAUUCAUCUGACCCUUCAGCGAAUUGACAAAACUUUCUUCAGUUUGACAUUUCCAACUUGUCUAAAAUUUGCGCAUAGAAACUCAAUAACAGUAAGCCCGGGAUUUAGACUGAUCAAGAACAAACUAUAUCGAUCUCCAGUCUUGACAAUUAAAUAGCGCAAGAUAUUUAUUUUUUGUAUUAUUUAUAUUUAAUAUACAUGUACCUCAAAGUGUAAACUUCGUAUAAGUGUAAAAAAAAAUUUGGUAAAAAUAGAUCACGCAAUCGAUUGAUUGAUAUAUUGAAAAAGUUGGUCUGGAUUUAAUUAAUCAUAAUUAAAUGCAAAUAAAAAAAGAGAAUUACAGAUCAGUGAACGCUUAUGCAAUGGAAUAAAGUCUAUUGCAUUGUUUUGCAGUGCAAAAAAAACUUAUUCAAAAAAUAUCUUGUUAUCCUACUAAACCCUCUAAAGGUGUUAAAAAAACGGAAAUUGUUUUAUAGAUUUUCAGUUAUAUCAUUAUUAUUAUUAGGAUUAUUGUCUAAUGAUUUAUUUCGUUAGACUGACGUAUAUUCCAAAUAAUAUAGUUGAUAUGCUUAUUCACCGUUAAAACAUAAGUAAUUUAUUUUCAUGAAUUCGACAUAUACUACUUACUUAUUUCACUGGAGUUUACUUUCACUGAUUUUUAUCUGUAGUGUACUGAUACAAAAAAUGUAUAUCCUUUUAUAAGAUUUCUUCGUUAAUUUGUGGUUGUAUGAUUAUAUCACACUGCCUAGAAAUAAUACCAAAAAAAAUAUUGCUGAAACAAGAAAGUUAUUAAUUCAAGUCUGCAUCAGACCUGGCAAUCCCAAAGCAAUUUUCAAUGCAUGUACUUAUGUACUUUUCAAAUCCAAGAUGUAUAUGGGUUUUAUGCAUUAACUUCCCUGGCAAUAGGCUUACCUUCCCGUCCAAGUUUCUUCUAGAGUAAGUUGACCACCGUUUUGUGGUAGAUUCACAAUAUAUAUAUAUUUACUAUUUCUACAGAGUAUUUUGUAUUUCAUAUUCUCUUAACUUGGUUUCAAUCCAUGCAGAUUAUUAUUGAUUUGUUUUUCCAUGCAUUGUCUUCUAUUUUGAUUUGGAAGAGCAGUUAAUGUACUGUAAAAUCAUUUAUUUUUACUGACAUUUCACUAUUUCGAUGCUUUGUGAAAUUUCACUGAGUUUUGAUGUUUCAUGAACUUAGUAGAAAAACAAUGAGUUCACAAUUGUUACUUUACAUGUGAAUUUAAUUUAGUAGAUUUUACUUAUCAAAAAAAAUAGCGAAAUUGAAAACUAGUAAAUAAUGAAUGUGUUUACAGUAUUGACUGUAAACUGGUUACAUCAAUAAAAUCACCUCUUAUACCCUCCAAA